UCGUCAUACUAGCCUACCACCGUCGUCGUCAGUCCUCACUGGAAGCUCUCUCUGUGCGCGCGCGCGUGUGUGUCUGUGUGUGUGUGCGUGUGCCUUCUGGAGUUGGGCGUUCUUCCGUCCUGACGGAUUUGUGACGGGGAUAGAAUUAGAUCGCUUUCCAGGAACGACUUGAGUCAGACUCAUCGGGAGCCGAGCGCGGAUAUAAUAAUUGUACCCGGGAGGUGUCGCAGUGGAAACUGUACAGCUAGCUGCCUCAUCUGAUUCUGUGUGACGUAAUAGAGAGGCCUCCUGUGGACAGUCGUGUGGUGUGGUGUGGGUUGUGUUCUUCCUCCCUGGUGUUUGUGACGUGUAGUCGAGGAUCGGGUCUGGUGAAGGGCAGACUUUUCUUUGGAUUUUUAGAAGAUAGUAAAUAUAACUGCCAAAGGGGAAAAAAUACCCAACAAAACAGAACUUCUAGAAAGCCCCUCAAAAACAAGAUUCUCUUUGGAUUUUUAGAGAAGAUAAUAAAACAAAGGAGGAGAAAAAACCGCGAAGCAGAACAUCUUGAAACCCCCACAAAACAAGCUUCUGCUUCUCCGUGGAUUUCUAGAAGAUAAUAAAAAGAACAAAAGAAAAAAAAAACCCGCUCUGGAUUUUGAGAAGACAAUAAAGCAAAAGGGGGAUUCAACCCCAGCGAAACAGAACAUCCAGAAAGCCUCCGCGAGAACCAUGUGACUGGGAUGUGUGUUCAUUCUCCCGCGGUCUGAGCUUUCUGUGUGUGUUGUGUUCACCCCUCGUGUGUGUCGGUGGUCGAGUGAGUAGCGUGUGUGGGUGGUCGAGUGAGUAGCGUGUGCAGCAUGUUGCACCUGGAGGUGGUGGGGUCGAGUCCCCGGCAGUCUGUGUCGUUGAUGAGGGAGUUUCCGAUAGAGCCAGCCGCCGUCGCUCCAAACACUGGACACACAACGCAGCUGAUUCGGCUCAACUCGAG